AUGGCUCUCGUUGAUACCAUCAUGAGAUAUCUGAGUCGUGUCUCCCAAGAUGAGAGCAUGUCUCCUGAUCUGAGAGAGCAGGCCACUUAUAUUGGUGUCGCAUAUCAGUCUCACAGGAACAUGUGUCGCUUGGUGGCGCAAGUCAGUGUCUUUACUCGUGGCGAGUUCAUGAUUCAUCCUUCUCAUAGAGUUAAUCUUCUUGGCGAAAACCUGGAUACUGCUGUCCGUCGUCAUGCCAAAGAAGUGCUCAAUGCCAUCUCUGAUCAUCACACCGUUCCCUCUCUUGGCGACCUCGAGGGCCACCCCAUCGAGCUGUAUAGCAUUCUUGAUGCUCGUAUUGAGCGUGCUAUGACUGGCGAAAAUCGAAUCUUGUUUCAUCAGGAACUUCUUAUCAACGAAAAGAAGGCCAAUGGUGACCUCACCAGAAUCAUCAGGAAAUUCGGUUAUCACUACAUCUUCCGAGCUGGUCUGCAAGAAUAUUACAUGACCAAAACUGUCGCCGCAAUGGUCAACUUCUUCCGACCUGAUGGCCGUGGCGAUGAGUUCCGUAUCAGUACCCAGCAAACUUGCUAUAACUUCUUGGAGGCUCGUCUUCGUUUGAGUCCAGAGGAAAAGGCCAACUUGAUUCAGAGGACUCGCUGCUUCCCUGAAGAUGCUCACAAAUUUUGGAAUUGGCUGGAGAAGCACCGUAAGGCUUACCUUGCGAUGAAAGCUGCUUUUGCCAUUCUCAGCACUCUGGAGAGAAGAUAG